GACAAGUAAGCAAAUGCAGGAAAACAAAAGAAAGAGAAGACGAGAUAAUAGAGAGCUAUAGCCUAUAGAUUAGGCGGGAUUAUAGAAACACGUCAGGCGUAAAUCGUAAUACAACACGAAGCCCUCUUGCCCCAAACCUGUAGUCGUUCGGGGUCGGGGUCCGUUUCCCAAAAGCUCAGAUGCCAUUCCAAGCUUUCUCAUCCUCCUCCUUCUUCUAUCUCUUCAACCCCCAACCCUGGCUCCACCAUUCUCCUCUAGAGGGCCCCACCACCCUCACCUUCUUCUUCUUCUCAUCAUCAUCGUCGUCGUCGUCAACAUCACCCUUAUCGGAUCUCCAUUCCUUGUUCUUUAAGAGAAAUCAGAUGAUUGAUAUGCACUAUUCUAAUGCGUUCGUGGGAGUUCUUCCUAAAAUUCUUUUGCUUCCAAGUUGAUGAAGAUGAUUAUCCUUGGAGACACCACAACAAGGACAACAUUUUGGAAUGGUUACAUAAGUCUCUUACCAGAAAAUCAGUAUUAGCUCAAUGUAUUACUACUGCUAUGGUUGGUCCACGACAAUGGAUUGGAGGAAUUUUUGGCAUGAAGCGUUCUGCAAGUAACAAAUACAUUGAUUUUAAGUACACUAAUGUUCAGGAAGCAAGAUAUCAGAAGCUUAGAGAACGUACAAACGUACCUUUUGAUGAAACUCGCAUUGAGCACCAGAAAGCCCUUGUAGAAUUAUGGAAUUUAGCAUAUCCAAAUGUUACACUUACAGGAUUGAUCUCUGAUCAAUGGAAGGAAAUGGGGUGGCAGGGAGCUAAUCCAUCCACUGACUUUAGGGGUUGUGGUUUUCUUUCACUUGAGAAUUUGCUGUUCUUUGCAAAAACAUUUCCAGCUGCUUUUCGUAGAUGUUGGAGUUGUAUUCAGUUAAGCCUAGGUGGUCUUCACUGUGUCAAUUUUGUAAAAAUAUUGGGAGAGGACGAUGAAGCCUUUGAUGUUCUAUAUUGUAUUGCUUUUGCAAUGAUGGAUGCACAGUGGCUCGCAAUGCAUGCCUCAUACAUGGAGUUCAAUGAAGUUCUACAAAUUACACGAACACAAUUGGAGAGAGAACUUGCACUGGAAGACAUCCAUAGAAUACGAGAUCUGCCAGCCUUCAACCUUCUGCACCAUUAG